CCAGCGCGGUGACGUUGAGAGCGACGUUCGUGCGUUCUCUGUGUUUCUAAAUCGUGUAGUCAUUCCCAUUCUUGGCAGUUAACAAUCACUUUCGACUAACAAAGAAAUAGUUUACAAGUUUCUAACAACUAACAAAGAAAAAACAACGGCUUCAAAAUGUCUAUAAUGAACUAUAACGGCGGGGCUGUCAUGGCCAUGCGAGGGAAGAACUGUGUGGCCAUAGCUGCAGACCGGAGGUAUGGCAUUCAGGCCCAGAUGGUCACCACAGACUUCCAGAAGGUCUUCCCCAUGGGAGACAGACUCUACAUCGGGCUGGCUGGACUGGCUACUGAUGUUCAGACAGUGGCACAGAGACUUAAAUUCAGACUGAACCUGUAUGAGCUGAAGGAAGGUCGUCAGAUCAAGCCCAAAACCUUCAUGAGCAUGGUGUCCAACCUACUGUAUGAAAGGAGGUUUGGACCAUACUACAUUGAGCCAGUGAUUGCAGGACUUGACCCCAAAACCUUUGAACCGUUCAUCUGCUCCCUGGAUCUGAUUGGCUGCCCUAUGGUAACAGAGGACUUUGUAGUGAGCGGGACCUGCUCGGAGCAGAUGUACGGCAUGUGCGAAUCUUUGUGGGAGCCUGACAUGGAACCAGAGGACCUCUUUGAGACUAUCUCCCAAGCGAUGCUGAAUGCAGUUGAUCGGGAUGCUGUGUCUGGUAUGGGAGUCGUCGUACACGUCAUAGAGAAAGACAAGAUCACCACACGAACCCUGAAAGCCAGGAUGGAUUAGAGCUUCUGUUUCUCGCUGCACUUCCUCCAUGCAGUUGUUUUGUAUAAAACUGAUUCAAACACACCUGUUUUGUUUUCUUACUGAUGCUGUCCAAUAAAUAAAAAAAAUGGGUUUAAA